AUGGCAACGGCGGUGCUCGCAGAUGGAGCAGCGAGCACGACGACGCGAGUGUAUCAGGAUGAUACAGUCAAGAGGCGUGGCAGCGACGAGGUGGGACUCGCGGUGAGGUGCUGGUACAGUGAAGAGGAGGGUCACUACCCCGAGGUCGAACAAGACAGCUUGGAGAGGCCGCUCAAGCAAGGCGAGAUUGGGGUUAUCUUUCCGGCCAGUCACAAGAGAGAGAUUUUGGAUGAGGCCGACCUCGAGGUGUGCGAUCGCGCUUUUCAACUGGGAGAUGUCUGCAAGAGAUCCCUCACCGCGACAUUGUCGGCCGUCAUCGUGGGCUUCUCGAUGGAGCUGGAACUGGAGCAUGCGCUGACGGGGCAAAGGCUACCUGUCAAGAUCCCUGCGACUGAAGUUGUAAACGCCAUCAGGAUCAACGCGGGGGAUCACGUCAUUCAUGGGAAUUGGGUUGGCUACGUCGAGGAGGUAUUCGAGGAGGCUCUCGUCGAGACAGACGGCUCUCAGGAACUCGUGCGGGUGUGCGACAUUGGGCAUAGCCUGAGUGUUGGAGCCGUGCCCAACGACCUCGCCUCGCGAAAUAGCCUCUGGAUGUCAGUCUUCAAUUGGGAACAGGAACACAGCAAAAGGAUCGUCGACGUCCGGCAGAUUCUCGUCUGCGUCAAUUGGCUGGCCAUCAACCAGAAGCUGACCCCCGCCGAGCAAGAGGGUCUCAAGCGACCAAAGCGAUUCUGGACCGACCUCGAUAAGUUGACAAAUCUUGGGGUGCUGGGAGAUCGGGCCCAUCUCUCCGGUGACAAGGUCGUCUUCCGAGAUCCUUCGAUGAUUGAAAAGUACGGACUGGAGGUUACGAAGCACGGCGUAGAGAGAUUGGAAGUCAGUGUCAUGAACGUCGUGGCGACGCACACCAAGCUGGAUCUCCUCUGGCAAGACUCGACCACCUCGACGGAAGCAGCAAAGGAUCUAGUCCCGUACGUCAACCUGGAUGAGCACGACGUCUGGGGAGGCGAUCACGUCCUGUGGAAGGGGGAAGGGGGGCAACAGAGGGGUGCCGUUGUCCAGAGCAUGGACCCAGUCGAGAGAACCGCCGUCAUCAAGUACUACGACUCGGACGAGGUGGAGACAAUCCCGGUCCUUGAGCUCGACGUCCAAGGUCCGGAUCCUGUCACGUUUGGUGUGCAUCGGGGCGACACCGUCCUGCUCUCGACGGAGGACACCGCUUUCGAGGCACCAACACUGGGGCGGAUAGGCGAGUCGGAGGAGUUGCCGCAUCCAGACGAUCUGCGCGAGGACAUGAGCAAGAGGGGAAUGGCCUUUGCAGCACACUACCAACGCGCAACUCCCCAAGUCAUGCCCCGAUCAGCAGCCGAAGCGAGCGAAAUUGACUGGUUUGGCACCGUUGUCGCUCUGGAGCGCGAUGGUGGCGUCGUGGUCGAGUUGCCAGACGGACGCAGGACGCUAACAUCGAUCACUAAGCUAACGCUCUUGGCCAGAGAUGAGGGCGAAGACGACUGGGCCGAUGGCUCCGAGUCCUACACGGACCAUGAGGGGAGUGCUGGGAAUAGUGACGCUGCCUGGAUGACCGAGGAGGGUGUCGAGGCAGAAAAGGGCGACUGGGACGAUGACUGGGAGGACAUGAGCGAGACAGGAAAUGUCCCGCCGGAGGAUGGCGACGUGGAGAUGGCUUCGGCUCAAGAGACCAAGGAGCCCGAGGUUGUUGCCGUCGCAGCGCAGGGGGAGGGCGCCACCGUCAAUGCGGAAGCAGAAGCACCGACGAGCAGCGACAGCCACGCCAAUGGCGGAACCAACGGCACAGCGACACCCAGCCAAGGCGAGCUGCCUCGACACAGCGGUGCAGAUAUGCCUACCGACGAUGCCCGGUGGCCUCUCUUCGAGAUCAAAGAGACCGCGCCGGACGACCAUGCAUUUAUCGGCGAGACCAACGAUGGAGCGCCAGCCAAGGCCUUUUACUCGCGCUUGCAAAAGGAGUUCAGAGCACUUCAGUCGAGCUUGCCAGACUCGAUUCUCGUCCGGGCGUACGAGGACCGUACGGACCUUUUGCGGGCCAUCAUCAUUGGCAGCGAAGGGACUCCCUACGAGGAUGCACCUUUUCUCAUCGAUCUUCGCCUCAAGCCCAGCUACCCACACGAGCCUCCUGUUGCGCACUUUCACAGCUGGACAAACGGAAACGGAAGGGUGAGCCCAAACCUGUACGAAGAGGGCAAGAUCUGUCUGAGCGUUCUCAACACAUGGAGCGGGGAAAAGUCCGAGAGCUGGAACCCUGCAAAGAGCAGUUUGCUGCAGGUUCUCGUCUCGAUCCUCGGCCUUGUCCUGGUGCGAGAUCCAUACUACACAGAGCCCGCUUUCGAGAGAUUAGCAGGGACCGAAGAGGGCAGAUUGAAUGCCGCCUACUAUGCCGAAAGGGCGUACGUCCUCUCGAGGGGCUUCAUCAGGAGAGCGCUCGAGCACCCCGUUCCGGGUUUUGAAGAGGAGCUCAAGUUCUUCUACCUCGGUGGCGGUGCCGGCGAUGAUGGGCAUAAGGGCAGACUAGAAAGGGUUCUGGCUAGGGGCCAUGCGCUCAUGGCUAGCUCCUCUUCGGACACGACAUCAGCGGAAGGCACAGAGGCAAAAGGGGGGAUAGAUCGGCCCGAAGCGGUGCAACGGCUGAGCGGAGGCGGCGCCAUCCUCCUCAAGAGGACGCUGGAUAGACUUGAAAAAUUGGCCGACAGCGGCAAAACUUCUUAA